GAGGGAUGUGUACAACCCGAACAUGAUCAAGUACUUCUACGAGGAGCGAGCCCAUGCCACAAUGCGAGCAUCCGCCUUGCUGCGGUCCAGGGACGAAACGUCCAUGGACAUGCCCGUCGAGCAGGGCGAGGAUGGAUCUGUUGCGGUCGGCCAGGAUGUAAACCUGGGUGAUCUGGGUGAUGCUUCGAUGGUAGGCUCCGGCUCUGGGUCUACGGUUUCGGGUGGUGCUGGUGAAGCGGACAUACAGCUUCCGAGCCUGGAGGGUGGCAAAAAGGCAUCCUCUGCUCCGGCUGCACGCAUCGUCCGCCUGGCCAAAGCCAUCGAAGAGGAGCAGCCAGGCAUCCUUGGCGGCAUCAGGCUGAUGAGCAAACUGGAUCUACCCAAGGCGGAGCAGAGGCUGCAUGCUUUGGCAAAGCAAUGGAGCAUGACUGUUCCAGUAGCCAUGAAAAUGUACAACAGUCGAAACGUCAGCCAACCAAUGAUUCUCUUGACAACUUGGUUUCACUAUCUGCUGAACCAGAAAUCCGAAAUCUUGCUUGGUGGAUUCUCUGUCGAGCAUCCCCAUUGCUCGCUACUUUUGGAAGCUUUCUGGCGAGCAUAUCAAGAGGAACAACCUACACACAUGGUUUUUCGGCGGCAUUCUCAUGAGCUCUCCAAGUGCAUACCUUACAUGCUGUUUGGGGACGAGGGAAGGUCGCUCCGGAAGAGUCCAAUACAAAUCGUGUGCCUCGAGACGGUUUUUGGGCAGUCCACUUUCGACAACUAUCGGAAGCUGUGGGAACAAGGCAAGCAGAUAGAUGCCGAAGCCUUGCUGGGUACAAUGACUCACACUGGGAGGGGCUCCUCCUUUCUGUCCCGCAUUUUACUUUAUGCACUGCCUCAUGCCCUGUACCGUUCUGACUCCGAAGGAAGCUACAAGCAGUUUUGGUAUGACUGCAUGGAUCAAGUUUCCAGAGCUGCUGUCCGAGUUUUCGAGGAUGGUAUCCCUCACGCUGGCGGGCUGGGCACAUUCUACGGUGUUUGUGUCGGCUUCAAGGGCGAUGCGCCUUUUCUGGCUAAGGCUGCCCAUCUCAAGAGGACUUUUAUGUCUGUCCAGGGGCACAACAAGGGCAUCUGUCCCGACAUCCCCUGGGAAGAUGUCGGGUCGGAACCAGUUUGGGUGCCGACUAUAGGACGGUCGAGGCCUUGGAAGCCGAACAAGUAUUCGUCCGUAAGAUCCAUACCUUUCACAACAUCUUCGCCCGAGCAGCUGCUGCAACCGGACCUCUUUCACUUGGUCAAGCUGGGCAUCGCCCGGCAUUUUGCUGGGUCGUUCUUGGUGCUGGUGGCACACUGGGGCUACUUCUUCUGCGAAGGGAGAAACAGCUUUCCAGAUGUUCUUGCAAGGAUGUAUACUGAUUUCAGAGCUGCCUGCAAAGCCAUGCACUUGACGCCGCACAUCAAGGGCUUUACAAAGGACACCUUCCACUUCGUCAACUUCGAAAGCUGGCCCUGGGGUGGCUGGAAAGGAUCAGACACUCUGCUGAUUCUCCGCUGGAUGAUCCUGCUGCUCAGGCAGGGGUGUUGCUCUGGUGGGUCUGGUGGUGCAAGGACGUCUCCGUGGCUGAAGCACCCACUUGCAACUGAUCAUGCACUCGUGUUCAAGGCUGUUCAUGAUGGAUGCUGUGCGAUCUUGACUUUGUUUCAGGUUGCACAGAAGCAAGGGAUCUGGCUGGACCGCCCUUCUGCUGUCCGGCUGCAUUCCUCCAUCGACUUGUUUUGCUCCUCGUACAGAUAUUUGGCCGGUCUAUUCUUCACGCGAGGCCUGAAUCGGUUCCACCUGGAACCAACUUUGCAUCAACUCAAACACAUUAGCAUCCGCAUACAAGAACAGCUGGCCAACGACGACAUCGAGGCGAGUGGCUGCUCGGAGCUGUGGUCUCCGGACACUCCAGAGACACUUGAUCAGAGUGCACAUGGUCUGAUCCUUCCGGGUCUUUUGGAGCGCAGUGCCAAUUACUUAGUGCAGCCAUAUGGGCAGGCUGUAUCUGUGGAAGGAGGUCUUCUAUCCAGAGCAUACUUGGUUCCAUUCCAGGACGGUGCUAGUGAACCUAAGCAGAACGUGGUGCUGCGCCUACGUCAUUCGGAUUGGCAUUUGUUGGAGGACCUUAGCCAACCUCUCAGAGUGAUACAAGCCAUUUGCCAUGACGUGAAGACGGAUGUGAUCAUGGAUUGUACGCAAAAGGCUACGGUUGUAAUAGGAUCCAGGGCUUUGGUUCAGGAGACUACGGUACAGAUGGCCGAGCUUUUUUGCGGGGGCUUUGCAGGAUGGUCGCAGGCGGCCUGGGUUUUGCAUAAACACCACAUCCCAAUCAGUACACGAUGGACCUUGGAUGUCGACGAGGACUGCCAUCGCAUGCUGCAACUGCAGCAGCCAGAGCUUGACAUUGUACGAUCCUUUGAGGACCUUGAAGGCGUAGCUGACGAGGCUAAACACGUGCAUAUCGACUCCAGCAUUGAUUGGGAUUGGUGGUUGCAUUGUUUUGCUAAGUGGCCAGUCAACAUGGUAGUUGCCUCCCCUCCGGGGCAACCUUGGAACCCCACUGCGCAGGCAUCAGGUCUAGAAUCAGCAGAUGGGCGACUUCUGCUCAGGAUCUUUGACAUCUGCAGUGCCUUUCAGGUUCCUGUGCUCGGCCUGGAGCUAAGCAGCGGUUUCUUUAGGCACCCGCACUACCCGCAGGUUGUAGCUGCUUGGCAGGCAGCAGGUUACGAGUUGCAUUGGCAAGCGCCCCUGAACCUCCUUGACGUGCUGCCGUGUGCGCGCCCACGGUGCUUCGUCAUUCUGUGCCUUCAGCGCCUCCCGACAGAGCCGCCACAGCCAGGCUGUAACUGGGCUUCCUCUAAAAGGGCUAACUUGAAGGCGGCCAGGGCCAUCUUUGAUCAUCCCCCAACCCUUCAUGCCAACCUGAUCUUGUCUGCAGAAGAGCUGGCGGUCUACAUGGACCCUUGGUACAUGCCGCCCUCGCGUUCCGUGCAACAUAAGCAAACGCCGGCUCUCUUCAGGCUUCGUACAGAGCUGCAGUGUGCAGGCUGUUUCCUCCCGCAAUACCAGAAGCAACACUACAUCCCCGAAAGCCAGCUGGCCAGACAAGGGAUGCUAGGAUUUCUUCUGCGGCACAAGGAAGCGGUCAGGUUCUUCAGCGGCGCGGAGAUCGCCUCUCUGCAUGGAGCGGUGCGGCCCCUCCUCCUGCAAACUUCAGGUGACAGCCAAAUGAAGCUCUUAGGUGGUUCCUCUGCUGUGCCCCAGACCAUUGCCUGCCUCACACAUGCGUGUCAUGCACUAGGCAUCGAGGCAUUGCCUGCACCGGAGGCUGCUGUGAAUUUGGCGCUGGCCGAGCGGAUCCACAAUGGCAAUUCCCUGUUCUUGCCUGCCGGGCCUGACUGUAUCUUGUGUCGAAAAGAUCAGGUGUGUGAAGUGCUUGCCACAGGCUUUCAAUUCCAGGAGGUCCCCGGCAGUACCAGUGCAGCCCCUGAGUUUGUCACCUGGACACUGCAUUCCGGCGAAGCCUCAGCCCCGCUCUGUAUCCCUGCAGGGGCCGACCCCCAACAAAUUUUUGAUUUUGCAGGCCUGGAGCAGAACCUGUUGCCGCAAUCACUCGCCAAUAGAGCACAAUCCAUGACCAUACACGUUGCAAGCUGCCCGGUCCUCACUUGUGGAGGCUUCCGAGGAGGAAUGAGUUGUGACUCCCCCUUCUGCGUUUUCGCGUCGGCACAACAGGUGUAUAUUGUUGAUGUCCAGUCGCCCCGCAUGUGGCCACAGCUGUUGAACAUCUUUGAUGACUUGGGAGGUUCGCAGGAGGACUUGGUUUGCUUCAGUGCAUGCGGCCAAAGACUGUGGCACGCAGAGGACUUUGAGGGUUGUGUUGUUGCUGACACCCUUGUUCCCGAUGCCCCGGCCCUCAGCCUUAGCCUCCUGCAUGAUGCCUUUCAGCGGACCGAGCUCCGUAUCUGUGGCGAGGCCUUGCACAUCAGCUGCCCCGUGGACGUAGCGGUUCAGUUCUGGUUGGGUUUCCCUUUUCAGCUUACGGAGGCCUUAGGCUGGACCUCUGCAGUUGUUAACUUCCCGUGCCAGAACUGUGAGCCCAUGGAGCUCCAACUUCGCCCGAGCCUAACUCGGCUACAUGUAUGCCCUGGCUUGCUACCCAGCCAACUCCGCAUCUGGUACAUGGUUGCUAGAUUGGAGGCCAACAAGCUAACGGCUGGCUCCGCUACAGGGUUUCAGGUCGAAUUGCAAGUUGUUGCACGGCGCUGUUGGCAAGGCUACCUGCCUGGCCACUUCUGCAUCGAUGACUUAGGCGAUUGGUGGCGUGAUGCCUCUGAGGCUUGUGGCCUUCCUCCUGACGUCAGGGUGUUCUCUGGCCCCCACCCGCUCCUUCCGGCCACCAGCGUCCAUCAGGCUAGGCAAGAUGCUAAAGGGGUGGUGGUACGCCGUACAGGGGCACUGCUCUUGACCCUGCACCCAAGCUGCGUUGGCGGAGGGGUCAAGGCCACCACCAACUUUGUUGAUGAUGUCUCCAACCAUACUGGUGCCAACAAGCUCUUUCAGACUUUGAGCUCGGGCAGUGAAGGCUCUCGCUGGCAGCAGGUUGUCGACUUUGCUCGCCGCGCCAAUGUCUCCCUGCCGGUGCAGACUAAUCAGGUUGCUAAAGCUGAGGUCCGAGCCCGUCGCCAGGCGACCCGCAAAAAGCAGGACCAACGCUCUUGCAUCCGAGCCUCCGAAGUCUCCAUUGCUCCGGGAUUCUUCCAAAACGAGGAUGGCACUGAUGCGUCCAUACUUGAAAGCCUGAAGCCUGGCGCCACAGGAGUGCUCCUCACUGACGGGCCCCAGGCGGUGGAGCUCCUGCACACAAUGCAAGGGGUGCAACCAGAUGAGUUAGCCCUCCUCGUGUUGGGUCAUGAAUGCCCUUGCCCAGCAGAUGGAUGUCGUAGCCUGUCUUUCCCAGCCACUGGACGCCACUGCGGUUCUCCUCUGCUCCUGGCCGGCUGCUUGCACAACCUCGGGGGAAAGAAGGUGCUACCCCAAAAACAGCAGAACAUUGAUGUCGAGCUCCCAGAUGUUGUUUGCUGUACUUUUGUGGUGUAUGCCGAUGACUGUGACCCCGAGCAAUGGAAGGGCUUCGCUGCAUCACCGGUCAAGUCUGUUGUAACCGCCUUCGCGGGCUGCGCCACGGACAAGGCUCUAUCUGAGCCCUGGCGCCAGCCCUAG